ACGGUGGCCAUUUAUCGAUACGCGCUAUUUUAUUCAAUUAUUUAUAUAAACAUUUUGUUUAUACGGCUUUUUGAUUCCCGAGUUCAGUCCUUCGAUCGGUUAAAUUUAAAUUGAAAUAAAUGGAUUUUUAGGCAACCAAGCUUGCAACUGUUUUCCGUCACUGGGAACAGAUAAGCAUAGCUAACACGAAUCAGAACAUAUUACCCAAGUCGACUCGCCACAAAACAGAAACCCACAUUCCCCUUGAAAAGUGAUUAAUCACAGUAAAGACAAUGUCGGAGGAUAAGCAAUUAAAACAGAUAGAGAAGGAGGGCGUAGAGAUUGCCCACAAGACGGUGACGAAGGAUGUGGACAUUUAUCGGGACACCUUUAUCCGUUACAUGGGCUACAGCAACGAGAUCGGCGAGUCCUUCCGCCCACUGGUGCCCAAGUCGCUCGUGGCUGCAUCCUACGGCAUGGCCAUCGGAUAUGUCUGCACCGACACCUUCGACAAGGCACUGCGUCUCCAAAUGGACGGGGCGGCUCACAGAGAUGUGCUCAUCAAGGGCGGCGACGUCUUUGCCUGGCAAAUGCUGGCCUCCGUCGCCAUUCCCGGCCUGGUCAUCAAUCGGAUCACCUGGGCCACCAAAACCCUGCUGAGCCGCGCUCCGCUGCCCGUGCUGAAGACGGUGCCCACCCUGGUGGGCUUGGCCAGCAUCCCGCUGAUUAUCCACCCCAUCGACAGCAUGGUCGACCGCCUGAUGGACGCCACCUAUCGCAAGGUGGUGAGGUAGUGGCCGCUGCAAGGGAUCGAUCCCUACCACAUUCUACUCCCCGGUGAUAGUUCUUAGACAUUAGGCGUUCGUAUUGACUGUAGCGAAGCUUUAACCCCAAAUCCAGUUUGCAUCUUUUCAAGGCCAUCUAA